ACUAUACCACCAACGCAAUACGUGAAAAGGAGGGUAUUCAAUGGUUUUCUAUUAGCUAGGAUAAUCAUACGGAUGCAUGAAUUGUUUCACAUGGUUAAGCCGCCGAUUCGAUUUAGGUAUUGCCAGCUAGUGCAUUUACUUUAUGUAGCUGAGAAUUAGUUCAAAUGAUAGUUAUUAAGAAUUUAGGUAGUUGCUAGUAUAGUAGCUAGCUAGGUUAGCAUUCAGAUGGCCGUGCUCCCCACGAUGUGCUGGUUAGUAUGUUCAGUAGCUAUCCUAGCUAGUUUGGCAAGCAAGCAUAAAAAGCAAGAUAGUUAACCUAGCUAAAUAGGCCAACUUCUAAAUUUUUUUCAUGUAACUUUGCUAUCUAUCUAGCUAGAUAUCUAGCCUAGUUAUAUGGUCAGUAGCUAGCAUAAAAAGUAAACCUUUUCGAGAUUUUAUCAUACGCAAGUGUAUUAGCUAGCUAUCGAGAUGGAUUUAUUUGGCGAUCUCCCUGAGCCAACCAAUAUCACCAACGAAGAUCCAGCAAGUAAAGAUCAACAGCCUACAGACUUCCCGGGCGAAGACCGACUCGAGAAGAGGAAACGAGACCACAACCCAGAGGAUUCGCAGGUGGACGAGACAAAUAAGGCGGAAAAGAAAGUUUGUAAAGGUCUGUCGAAGAUCGGGGGAUAUGUUGCUGCCCGUCGCGGAGAGCGAGAAGAGAUGCAGGAUGCUCAUGUCCUUUUACCGGACUUGAGCUCGUUUAUGCAACUACCAGCAGAAGUCUCUAGGCUGGCGUAUUUUGCUGUGUUUGAUGGUCAUGGUGGAGCUAGAGCAUCUCAGUUUGCUGCUGAAAAUCUACAUCACACACUAAUAAGCAAAUUCCCCAAAGGUGAAGUAGAAAAUCUUGACAAGCUAGUGAGGAAAUGUCUGCUGGACUCAUUUCGCCAGACUGAUGAGGACUUCCUAAAGAAAGCAUCCAGCCAGAAGCCAGCGUGGAAGGAUGGCUCUACAGCUACAUGUGUGUUGAUUGUGGAUGAUGCCUUGUAUGUGGCCAAUCUAGGAGAUAGCAGAGCAGUCCUGUGUCGUAUGGCAGAGGGUGAUGGAAAUGAGAGAUGCGUGACACUGGCACUCAGUAAGGAGCACAAUCCCACCAUCUAUGAGGAGCGCAUGAGGAUACAGCGUGCUGGAGGCAAUGUCAGAGAUGGUCGUGUGUUGGGCGUAUUGGAGGUCUCACGCUCUAUAGGUGAUGGGCAGUAUAAACGCUGUGGAGUGAUUUCCACACCAGAUCUGCGACGCUGCCAGCUCAGUCAAAAGGAUAAGUUUGUGAUGUUGGCAUGUGAUGGACUUUUUAAAGUGUUCUCUGCAGAAGAGGCUGUUUAUUUUGUUAACAAACUCCUACAGGAUGAAUCAGUGGAGAGAAAGGAUGGCCAGACUCUGGAGGAGGGGCGCUAUGAGGCAGCUUGUCAGCGAUUGGCUAGUGAGGCUGUGAGGCGGGGCAGUGCAGACAAUGUCACUGUCAUUCUAAUUUCCAUUGAGUUCUAAAAAUCUUUUGAUGCACUCUUACAUUUAUUACACACACGUACUCAUAAAAUUCAUAGCAUAUCUGAAAAGAAUUCAUUACUUGCGUGUUCUCAUUAUUUGUUGGUUUGCCUGUUUGUCUAAUCUUCCCCCCAACACCCACGCAAGGCUUUAUAAUGGAGUUUUUCUGACUUUGCAUGUAAAAUAGCUGUUCAGAAUAAAUAAAUAUAAUAAAUAA